CGCCAGCGAUUGCUGGCAGAGGCCGCCGCAGGCCCGCGCCGAGCGGGAUCGCGCAGUGGCGGCCAAGUGCAGGACGGUGUCUGGAAGCCAUCAGCCAUGGCCGUGGGGAACAUCAACGAGCUGCCUGAGAACAUCCUGCUGGAGUUGUUCAUCCACGUGCCAGCCCGCCAGCUGCUGCUGCACUGCCGCCUUGUCUGCAGCCUCUGGCGUGAUCUCAUCGACCUCGUGACCCUUUGGAAGCGCAAGUGUCUUCGUGAGGGCUUCAUCACGGAGGACUGGGACCAGCCCGUGGCUGACUGGAAGAUCUUCUACUUCCUACGCAGCCUCCACAGAAAUCUUCUGCACAAUCCCUGUGCUGAAGAGGGAUUUGAAUUCUGGAGCCUGGAUGUGAAUGGCGGCGAUGAGUGGAAGGUGGAGGAUCUCUCUGGAGACCAGAAGAAGGAAUUCCCCAAUAGCCAGGUCAAGAAAUACUUCGUGACUUCUUAUUACACCUGCCUCAAGUCCCAAGUGGUUGACCUCAAGGCUGAAGGGUAUUGGGAGGAGCUGAUGGACACCACACGGCCAGACAUCGAGGUCAAAGACUGGUUCGCUGCCAGGCCGGACUGUGGGUCCAAGUACCAGCUGUGCGUUCAGCUCCUGUCGUCAGCGCACACGCCUCUGGGGACCUUCCAGCCGGACCCGGCAAUGAUCCAGCAGAAGAGUGAUGCCAGGUGGAGGGAGGUCUCCCACACAUUCUCCAACUACCCACCUGGCGUCCGCUACAUCUGGUUUCAGCAUGGCAGCGUGGACACUCACUACUGGGCUGGCUGGUACGGCCCGAGAGUCACCAACAGCAGCAUCACCAUCGGGCCCCCACUGCCCUGAUGCCCGUGAGCCCCCAUCUGCCAAACCCCAACUGGUAAACUGCUCUCAGAGAAGGACAGGGCUUGGGAAGGGGGGGGCAGGCUCCCCCAACCCCCUAGCUCACCCUUGUCCCCUAAUUGCCUUUUUUUUUGUGGUGCCUCUCAGUUUGUGCAGCCCUCUUCUCCCACCCAGGGUCUUGGCUUAAAUGAUGGCAAGGAGGCCUGCGUGGACCCCUUUAAUAGAUAGGGCCCCUGAGGCUAGGGAGGUGCAGGCUCCUUUGAGAGUGAGCCUCCAAGCUCAGAUACCAACCUAGAUCUGCAUCUCUACCUUCCUCUUCUAGGGCCUUUCUCCCUGUGCUGUCUGGGGCCCUUGGAGCAGAGACAGGCAGGGAGUCGGGCAGGCUGGUGUUUGCCCUGGAUAGUUCUGGUGCUGGGAGGCAACCAUGUAACUCAGACAUAUCUGGAAAGGAGAGGGAGGGCCCUGCGGUCCUGUCCUCGGCUCCGUUUUGCUGCUCCUAAGCUGUCUUGCUCUGAAGAGUUGGCUUUGGCCCAGAGGCUUAGGCCUAGUCUGAGAUGGGCUGACCCAGGGUGGAGUAGGGGUCCAGCCUGUGUUUGGACUAUCCUCAUGUCAUUGAAGCCCCAGAAGCCAGAUGGGUACCAGGUAGAGGCUGGGCUUCCCAGAGGACCCCCAGAAUCCUGCCCAGGGUGACCCAGGGCAGGUAGGGGGCAGGACUGAGCUCUGAUUCUAACAGCUGGAACGAGUGAGCCC